UGUGCACAACAAACCACGAAGCUAAAGAGGUCUAUUUUCCUUCAAUUUGUCUCAGUCAUGGCGGAACAAGAAGAAAUAAGUGUUUAUCAGUUAGAGAAUUCUACAGAACAUUGUGUUGCUUUAUCAUUAUUUGUGGACAUAACGAAUAGCCCUGAGAUACGAAAACUUGUUAUGGAAGGAAGGAUUGAAGCUACUUUCCUAAAACCAUCUAUGAUAGCAGAUCCCUUUCAAGUUGUCCUAGCUGCACAUAAGGCUCUACACUUAUCAAAACUACAAAAAACUAAAACUAAAACUCUUCAUUCAGAAAUUAUUUUCAACCUUUCACCAACAAAUAAUAUAACAGAUUCUUUUAAAAAGUUUGGUUUAUCAGAAAAUGACACAACUCUUCUUCUAGCUGUAAUAACGACAGGAGAUGGUGUUGAAAAGAUGAGAGCCAUCAGUCAGCAUGUUAAGGGAAGACAAGUUCCUAUAUCAAAUUUAAAGACUUUGGCCGAUCAACAAGCAAUUAAAAAGGUUUACAAAAUACAGGACUGUGAGUUGAAAGUCAGUUCCCUAACAGAAUCAGUUAUUUGUAGAAUGGCUACUAAAGAUGUUUUAUAGUCAACUUGUAGUACUCCAGUAUCAUUAAGGACAUCGAUGGCAAAUUAGGAAUUCCUUAUAACCUGGAAAUAAAAACACGAAAAUGCUGGCACCAAGUCUAAAAGUAUUGUAACUUCGAGAUUGGAUCGUGAGAGCUGCAAAAGAGGUAGUUAUAGAAAGAUUGUUGAAGAUAACAAUGACUUUGACAAAGGAAUUUGAUAGCAUAUACCUUAUGACAAAGUGAGGACGAAGCUGGUGGAGACUUUUUCUUGUGAAAUAAUUCGAGAAAUUUAUGGUUUGGAAUUGUUUGGAAAAACUAAUUUCUAUCUUGAACAUAAAAUAUAAGAAUCUAAAAAUGGGAAAGUAUAAUGUAGGAAAACUAUUGCAGUACUUAGAAGAAGUGCGUGUCAUAAGUUAUGUUAUACAUGCGUGAGAGAAGAACUUCUUAGUUUUGUAGUUAUUAUCUCUCUCUCUCUCCUAGUCUUCCUACAUUUCUUUUCUCUUCUCGCAGUAAAAAAUUUCUCAAACUGCGAGGGAGUAUUCUGCAAUAGGUUAUCUUAUGACCCCUCGAAAUCACAGGAUUAGUUAACAUUCCCAAGGUAUUAUAUAUAUUUAUGGAAAAAACCUGCUUCAUGAUAUCAUGAAACAAAACUCACCUUCCGAGGUUGGAUCUAUUGUCGCGUCUACAGCUUGCCAUUCGCUCGACAAAUUAUCAAUCAUAAAAGCCAUGUUUUUUCUCCAAAGAUACGAAAACCUGCACAAAAAAGAGCUACCUUUUAGCAACUUAUUACUGUAUCAAAAAUGCUCAGUGUACGUUUAGGAAAUAACCUCCAAUAAGUCUUUCGCAUCUAAAAGACCAAGUUUUAGUAUAAGCUUUGAUGUCAGACAAAAGACUAUUCAGAAGCACAUGUGAGGAGCUAGAAUGUUUGACUUUAUUUAUAAAGGAAUCAACGACAAUAAAGACAAAACAAAUAAAGUGCCAACCCUCAAUGAAACGUA